UUCCCCGACUAAAAGAAUCCAUAACAUGACAACAACGCUAGUUAAUGACUCUGGUUUUGCAUUAUAAAAGCUUGACCAAGGUCAACGUGACGAUUGAGCAGCGGGAUAUGGCAGGCAAAAUGUUUUUCUCUGUUUCAUCUCAAUUUCAGAGCAUUCCCGGCGAGGGCAAACUAUAUAUAAAUAGCGCCGGUAGGCACCUUAUUAUUCCACUUUGGAUUUCAGAGUGAAGCUUUUUAGCAGCUUCACUCGACUUUCUGUUCUCGUUCGAACCCUAAGGCAGCCGUUCUGCAUUUCCGGACAAUGUCGCGUAUCAUCUCCAACCUUUUAUCAAUCUGUUACUGCUUCAGCGUUGUCUCUAAGAUGUUCUGAAUCUGAGCUCGUUCGAUUCUCUGUUUACAGAUUUUGUUUCUGCGAAAUCAGGCUCAUAUCGGUAAUAUCGCUCCUGCUUUCAACCUAUUCGACUUGAAUUCUUCUAUGUCGUUCUUAUAUAUAGUGCCCACCGUUGUGCUUAUAUAUGGUCAAUGUACCUUUGUUAGUUCAUCCGUAUAAUCUUGUGAAAUUCUACUGAUUUCAGUUGUAAAGGUUUUUCCUUUUCUCGCAUACAUUCAGUUGUUUUCGUAUACUCUCUUACUGCAGAUUCAGGAAAGUGUAAUUUGAGAGGUGGACGUUUGCGAUUCAGAUUUCUAAUGAAUUUAAUUACUCAAUUUUUUAUUACAAUUAUUAUGUCCAUGUGGUUGCAGAAAAGCAUUCAUGGAAAAUCUGUACAGCGGUCACAAUGAACCAAAAACUCCGACGGUCAAGUACUUCGACGGCAAUGCGAUGCCGCUCAGUAUAGGCCGCGCCCAUUUUGACGUUCCGAUACCGUUGAGUCCAGUUUUCGAUCCCUACUUCUCGUCGGAAAGCCCUAAUACACCGAAUUCGAUGUCUCUGUUCUACCGCCGGUCCGGCUCUUGUGUGCCGUUUGACCUAAGCGUUGGAAACGACGGCGGUGGCAGAGCAGGAGGAUUUCGAUCGCCGCUGGCUUCGAUUGAGAACCGGGUGACGCAGCCGUCGCGGUCACCGGUGACGAUGUUCAAGACUCCGGUGAAAAUCGAGGAGGAUGUGAUUGUCAUGGACGGCAUUCUCGUUAAACCGAAGGUCGGUAGUACCAGAUCCAGGCUGUCGCAGACGCCAUCAGAUUCCGGUGAUAAGAACAGCUUCUACAAGAGGGACAAGUGUUUGUUCUGGGAGGAUUCUGGUUCUUGCCGCUUAGGUUCAAAAUGCCAGUUUGCACAUGGCCAGGAAGAAUUGCGCCAAGCUCGUCUCACCACUAAAAGCAAUAGAAAUGAGAUCUGCAAGUUAUCCAACAUGGGAGCAUGUUCAUAUGCUAUCAAAUGCAAUUAUUUUCAUCUUCAAGAGCCAGAUAAGGAACCAGAGGAGUCAGAGAAGGAGCCAGAGAAGGAGGUCAUACCAGCAGUUCUAUCCCCAGCAGCUGGAGCUAAAGUGGACAUCCCUGUGACACCAACUGAAUCCAAACAGCCAGCUAAUGGAGGGCAAAGCAGCACCCUUACAACUGGUUCUUCUGCUGCACAAACUUCUGGAAACACUGGCUGGUCUCCACAUGAUGAUGGUAUCAAUAUCUCCUUGCCUGCAAAAGCUCCAAUAGAGGAAGAUGCUGAUGCUUAUAUUCAGCGUGUUCUGUAUGGACCUUCUGGUGAAAGAUUGCCUGUUUUCGAGAAGAUUUGCCCGAAGUAAGGAUGUCUGUCGUUGUCCUAUCCUACAUGCUACAAGUAGUUCCUCUCUGCUACACCAAUUAACCACAACAAAGAGGAAAAGGCACAUAAUUUUUUGCUAACAAACUGAAAGCACAUUAUACCAAAAGAAGGUGAACACUAUUUUUUUGUCAUAUAUUCAAUGUGCAUUAUCCGUCUAUAUGAAAUUUUGAUCGAUCUGGUAUACAUACAACCAGAAAAACUUUGCUGAAAAAAAAAAUUUCAUUUGCAUGAUAAAUGCAUAUAUAGUAGAACUUCAAUCUCUUUCUCCUUGCUGCACUUGGUAUGGUUGUGUUAUUGAUCUUUGAAGAAUCUAUUCAUGCAGAUACUCAUUUCUAGAGUACUUGCUAGAAACAGGAUUAAUCAUAAGAACAAAGGGCAUUCUAAGCUCAUCUGUUGGGUAGAGGAAUAAAAUUGUUGAGAAUAUUUAUUACUCCGUAUGUUGUUAGUAGGG